GUGUGUGCGUGUGUGCGUGUGUGAGUGUGUGCGCUCUUCAACAAAGGAGACCGGUUCUGUCAGUUUCAGUGGCCACCAGUUUCCAGACAGAAACUGAUUUCACUCACCUUAGAGAGGAGGAGGAAGCAACACCUAAGCAAGUCACGACAACUCAAGUUUGGACUCCAGACCUCAGCCUCUGGAUGAGGUGCAGUGGUGCUGCUCUAAACCUCCCCCCGACCCCCCUGUGAUGCUCACACAAACAGACGGAGGGUUUCGCCGUCUGCUCGUGUCAGGUUUCAGGAGAGCAGAGCUGUGAGCGUUGACGGGCGGCGGAACAAAAACCCGCAGGUGAAAAUGAGUGGGCCGAGCCCCGGGAGGGGCCCGGAGCCGACGCCGCCCAGAGCCCAGCAGAGAGAGCAGUGGGCCAACAGGGUGGAGUUCAUCCUGGCAGUGGCUGGACACAUAGUCGGCCUGGGGAACGUCUGGAGGUUUCCGUACCUGUGCUACAAAAACGGAGGAGGGGUUUUCUUCAUCCCUUAUGUUCUGUUUUUGUUCACCUGUGGGAUCCCACUCUUCUUCCUGGAGACGUCUCUGGGCCAGUUCACCAGUCAGGGCGGCAUCACGUGCUGGAGAAAGCUCUGCCCUCUCUUUGAAGGUGUGGGCUACGGCAGCCAGGUGGUUGUGUUGUACACGGGCGUGUAUUACAUCAUCAUUCUGGCCUGGACCUUUCUCUACCUCUUUUCAUGCUUCAGGGCUGAGCUUCCGUGGUCCAGUUGUCACAACAGCUGGAACACAGUCGGCUGCUUCGAGUUCGGACACAAUCAAACCUCCCCCCAGCAGCUGGAUGGAAACGGCACGUCUUCAGUUGUGGAGUUCUGGGAACGGAGAAUCUUGGGUUUGUCCAGUGGAAUCGACACAAUGGGGAGCGUUCGCUGGGACCUGGCCCUUUGUCUGCUCCUGGCCUGGACUGUGUGCUACUUCUGCAUCUGGAACGGAGUCAAGACCACGGGGAAGGUGGUCUACUUCACCGCCACGUUUCCGUACGUGAUGCUGAUCGUGCUGCUCGUUCGUGGUCUCACGCUGCCUGGUGCCAAGGACGGGAUCAUCUUCUACCUCUACCCGGACCCAUCGCGGCUCUCUGAUCCAGAGGUGUGGAUGGAUGCCGGCAGCCAGAUCUUCUACUCCUACGGUGUUUGCACGGGCGUCCUGACGUCUUUAGGAAGCUACAACAAGUACAACAACAACUGCUACAGGGACUGCGUGUACCUGUGCCUGUUGAACAGCCUCACCAGCUUCGUGGCCGGCUUCGCCAUCUUCUCCGUGCUCGGGUUCAUGGCCAAGGAGCAGAAUGUGGACAUAUCGCUGGUGGCUGAGUCAGGUCCGGGGCUGGCGUUCAUCGCGUACCCUCGCGCGGUGGCCUUGAUGCCGCUGCCUCAGCUCUGGGCGAUCUUCUUCUUCAUUAUGCUGAUAUUCCUCGGGUUGGACAGCGAGUUUGUGUAUCAGGAGUCCCUGGUCACAACCAUCUCCGACAUGUAUCCAGCGUUUUUUCACAAUGGCUGUCGGCGUAAGCUCCUUCUCCUUGGGAUCAAUGCAGGAAGUUUUCUUGUUGGCCUUCUGAUGGUGACAGAGGGAGGCCUUUAUAUUUUCCAGCUGUUUGACUACUAUGCCUGCAGCGGGAUGACGCUGCUGUUCUUUGCAAUUUUCCAGUCUGUCUGUAUUGGAUGGAUCUACGGUGCCGAUCAGCACUACGACAACAUAGAGGCCAUGAUUGGAUAUCGACCGUGGCCGCUCAUGAAGUACUGUUGGCAGUACUUUACGCCGCUCGUCUGUGCUUGCACGUUCCUCUUCUCGCUGGUCAAAUACACGCCGCUCAAGUUCAACAGCACCUAUGAGUACCCGUGGUGGGGCUACGCCAUCGGAGGCUUUUUCACUCUGUCGUCUACGCUGCUGGUCCCUCUGUGGAUGCUGUACGCCGUGACGGCCACUCCAGGAACGCUGAGACAGAGGCUGACGAUCCUGUGCUCUCCAGCCAAGGACUUACCAAGCUCAACAUUAAAGAAAGCAACCAAUUCUGCAGCAUUUCAGACGUUCACUGGCUUCUACACACUGCGCACACCCGAAGAUCAGAGCUCAUCUCUUAUUUAAUGUUAAUUCAAGUCAGUCCAGGCCGACCCCAGGUCAUCUGAUGGACGCUACUGAAGAAGACCUGCAUCCUCUGCUGGUGCAUCCAAAGGAUUACGAGAUGACCCAGUGAACAGGUCAGAGAUGAAUCAUGGACUAAACCAUUACGUACAGGAUUUUCUGCUGCUGUGAGCCAACAAAGUUGAGUGAUAUGUUCACAUGUCCAUGUCAGUGUAAUAUAGAUGAAGGAUGCUAUAAAUGAAGGAUGAUCAGUGUAUCAGAGUGUGCUUGAGAUAUGAAAUCCAUAACUCUGCAUAAUGGCAGAACGUUGUCUUAAUUAUAGAAGUAAUGUGAUUUUGAAGGAUGACUCCAGGCUUUUUGAUCUGACUGUAGUGACACUAAUUCUCAGAAUGUGCAUGAUUUGUCUUUGUUUACAAGCAUCUACAACUAUGAAGGUUUAGUCGUCCAGCUCCUGACAUCAUUAAAAUAUUCACCAGGCGGCCCCUAAAAUGACAUUAACCAGACUGGAAACUGACGUCACUUUAGGGCAUCGUCCAACAAAAUGACACAAUACUACAGUCUAUUAGGUCUGUCUGUAAAACUGAGCUAAGACAAAGUAAUGUUUUUUUACAGUGCUGUGAUUGUUAUGUUAUUGUUAUGAGUGACAUGGCUCCACUUUAUAUGAAGGAACAAAGGAAUCAGUUUUGUCUUUACAUGUUUACCUGCAGAACUACUUACCCGACUACUUUUAACAAACAGUCAAGCAUGCAGUAGUUUAGUGAAUACUCCACGUCCCUGAUAUUAAACAGCCUCUCCAGGUUUUGUCCACACGGUGGCGCUGCAGCCUUGAGAAUUUAUUUUAUUCCCAUCAUCAGAAUGGCCGCUGCCUCUUGAUUACAUUGUUGCAAAAUGUAACUUACCUUAUGUCAACAUUUGUGGAUACUGAGAAUACAUGUGAACUUACUUUCAUAUAUUAUUUUUGACAUUGCUGAUAAUAAACUGAGCUGAACAAGUGCUUGUUGGUAUUUAAAGGUAAAGCGAUGUAAAUUUGAUUAUUGUGCUGACAGAAAUAAGACAGGGUGUAAAAAUAUUGUAAAUAUGAUAUAUAAUAUAACAGGUGGCUUUAACAGCCCUUCAUCCUGAUUAUUGUGCUCUCAUGUCUCCUUUAAUUAGAAGAUUUCUUAGCUGAAAUAAUAAUAAUAAAAAAGCAGAAUGUUGGUAAAAAUGUUAAUAUUAAUAAAUAAUAAUGUUUUGCA